AUGUUCGGCACCCAGCACUACAUGGACCUCUCCAGGAAAAGAAGCCGCGAUGACGACGAAGACCUACACAAUGGCGCUCUCAGCUUCGCUGAACACAGAAAUAAACGCAUCCAGUGCCUCCCCCUCCGAACCUCGCCCAAUUCUUCGAAGCGCUGGUCGGCGCCCAUGAUGCCUCUCAACUCCGUUCCCUGCACCCUGACACCGGGCGACUCCGACUCGGAAGAGCAGCCCAAGUCGCGCUUUUCGCCCUGGUCGUCCUCUCCCGCUCCCAUGUCCUGCCAGCCGUCGCCCUGGGGCCCCGCCGAAUCCGACUGCGAUAUGGACAUGAUGGACACAAUGUCGCCGCCGCCCCUGCCCCAGCAGCAACAACUACAGAGCCAGCAGCUCGUCCAUGCGGAUCAGCAUUCGUCGGCCAACGGCCGUAUGCCGACGCCCAUCCAACCAAGCUUCGCCGCUCAGGUUCGGGGUGGCGCUUGGGGAGGUCCCGGACCCGCAGUGAGCCAUCUCAGUGGCGUCGUUAACAUGGGCCACAUCCACGCCGGUUUCGGCGCCGACCAAUCCCGCUGCAUUCCCCGCAGCAUGGAGGCCGCCGACGACUGGCACGCCGUCCAGAACCGCCGACUGCCCUCGCCCAUUAGCGAGGGCGAGGACUUGAGCAGCUACCCCGGCAGCGGGAGCCUGAGCCCCCCGGGUAUGGUCCUCGACAACGGCUUCCCCUCCAACCUCACUAUGCGUCUGGAGCAGUCGUCUCUCGACGGCCACGACCACCAUGAUAUGGGCAUGAUGGAGGUCGAGGAUCACCACCCCAUGGUGGGUGACACCACGACCGAUUCGGCGCCUACCGAGACCACAUCGGCCCCAGCGACGCCCUCGCCCGGCCGCAGAGGCCACAUCCGGUCGAGGCACACUGUCAACUCAUGGACCUGGCAGCCCGGCAUGAAGAAGAGUUUCAGCAUCGGCUACCGUGCCGACUGCGAGAAGUGCCGCCUCAAGGUUCCAGGCCACUUCAACCAUAUUGUCGUCUCGUAG